UUUUUCUCUCUCUCUCUUUCUCUGCGCUGAUCGUUUUAACCGUCUAGGGUUUUUGUAGACGACAACCAUAUAAACGAAAUCUUGAGCAACGACACUGGUAAACCCACGGAGCCGCCUCCUCUCUCACUCAGUCUCUCUCUGCAACUGCAAGACAGCAGAAUCCAGGUGCGAUGGCUACCGUUCCGGGACAACUGAUCUGGGAGAUCGUGAAGAAGAACAACUCCUUCUUGGUGAAGGAGUUCGGCCGCGGCAACGCCGGCGUCCGCUUCAGCAAGGAGCCCAACAACCUCUACAACCUCCACUCCUACAAGCAUUCCGGUUUGGCGAACAAGAAGACGGUGACUAUUCAGGCUGGAGGGAAAGAUCAGUCUGUGUUGCUCGCCACUACCAAGACCAAGAAGCAGAACAAGCCCGCCAGUCUGCUUCACAAGUCUGUCAUCAGGAAGGAGUUUCCCCGCGUCGCCAAGGCUGUUUCCAAUCAGGUUGCGGAUAACUUCUACAGACCAGAUCUGAAGAAAGCUGCCCUCGCCAGGCUCAGUGCCGUUCACAGGAGCCUCAGGGUUGCCAAAUCUGGUGCGAAGAAGAGGAACAGGCAGUCUGUCAAGACCCCUGGUAGGAAGUGAGGGGAAAAUGUGUCAUCGUUGUGUUCAUUUGGUGUUUUAGCUUCCUCUUCCAGGUCCAAAGAGACAUGAUUUCCGGUUUUAGAUCGUAUUAUAUUUUCUCUUGAUGAAUGUGAAGACUUUAGCCCUUUCACCGAACAAGGGAAGGAUCCUGUGUUUUGUUUCUAUCGCCAAAUUUUGCUGAAGAUUGAUUUCCUAAUGCGAUGCCCUAAGAUGUAGUUUUUAGAUAUUACUUCAA